CCCGGCGCAAUAAGGACCCUGGAAAGUGUCACUGGCCUUGCGGGGGGACCGGGUCGCCCGUUCUCUCGGCGCCUGCGGCCUGUCCCCGCGGCGUGGCGGGGUGGGAACGGGGAAAUGUUGCAGGAAGAGUCGGAUCUGUCUCUCAUUAUUGCCCAGAUCGUGCAGAAGCUCAAGGGCUCCAGCUUGUACGCCCAGCUGGAGCGGCAGGCCUGGACCAGUCUUCAGAGACCUGAAAUUAAGCUUGAAUCAUUAAAAGAAGAUAUUAAGGAAUUCUUUAAAAUAUCAGGUUGGGAGAAGAAACUUCAGAAUGCUGUUUAUAAUGAACUGAGUGUGUAUCCUUUACCUAGUCAUCCUGCUGCACCUCCUGAGCAUCUUAAAGAACCUUUGGUAUACAUGAGAAAAGCACAGGGAAGUUGGGAAAAAAGAAUUUUGAAGAGUUUAAAUAGUAUGUGCACUGAACUGAGUAUCCCACUGGCACGAAAGAGGCCAGUUGGAGAACAGAAAGAACUUCUCAAUAAAUGGAAUGAAAUGGGAACCGAUGAACCAGAUUUAAGCCUUUUCAGACCUGUUUAUGCACCUAAGGAUUUUCUCGAGGUAUUAAUUAAUCUUCGCAACCCAAAUUAUGAAAAUGGUGAUUCUCUUAGUUUCAGGACUCAUUUGGGUUUAAUCCAGGUUCCUCUGAAAGUGAAAGACAUCCCUGAAUUGAAAGAAUUCUUUGUGGAACUUGGCUUAACAACAGGACAACUGGGUAUCGAUGACUCCACACAAGUGCCUCCUGAACUUUUUGAAAAUGAGCAUGUACGCAUUGGGCAAAAAGUUCUAGCAGAACAAGACAGUGCUGCUGCUCAACAGUAUAUCAGACAAGGAAGUCCCACGGCACUGAGAGCUGAGUUAUGGGCUCUCAUUUUGAAUAUUUCCAGUCAACCAGAGGACAUCUUGUAUUAUGAACAGCUUAAGACUAAUGUGAUACAACAUGACCUUUUGGUGGACAGUCUAAUUUACAAAGAUGUGAAAUUGACAGCAAGCAAUGAUGAUUAUUAUUUUGUUUUUGAAGAUUAUUUAUAUCAGGUAUUACUUUGUUUUUCCCGGGAUACAUCUGUGUUGGGUCACUUUGCGUACAACAGUGCUUCACCACCGAAAUCAUAUAUAAGAGGAAAACUAGGACUAGAAGAAUAUGCCGUCUUUUAUCCGCCAAAUGGUGUAAUUCCUUUUCAUGGAUUUUCAAUGUAUGUUGCACCACUUUGCUUUCUAUACCAUGAGCCUUCCAAAUUGUAUCAGAUAUUCCGUGAGAUGUACGUGAGGUUUUUCUUCAGGCUCCAUUCCAUCUCUUCUCAUCCUUCUGGCAUUGUGUCACUCUGUUUGCUGUUUGAAACUCUUCUUCAAACUUAUCUCCCCCAGCUCUUUUAUCAUCUACGAGAAAUUGGGGCUCAACCACUUCGCAUAUCAUUUAGAUGGAUGGUCCGUGCUUUCUCUGGAUACUUAGCAACAGAUCAACUCUUGCUUUUGUGGGAUAGAAUCUUAGGCUACAACUCUCUGGAAAUUCUUGCAGGUGAUCCACGCAGCAUGGGUAUCAUUAUUUGAUAUAGGACCCCUGUCUACAAAUUGGCUAAACUAGAGGAAUCUUUUAAAACUUUUUCAAUCAAGACACACCAUCACCUUACAAGAAUGAAUGAAUUCCGUCUUCCAGACCUACUAAGUUUCCUGCUGUACCUAACACACAUGGUAGGUCUCUCACUUUUGGUCCUUUUCUCAUGUAACACCCUCAGCUUAGAAUGCCUUUUCUCCCCUCUUUACCUAAGUCUUACUUGCACCUCGAAGCUCAACUCAGGAAAUGAGUCAUCAGGAAAGAAUACUAAUCUUAUGAAUUCUCCUGAUACCCUAAGUAUAUAUAAGCUAUAUCAUACUCAUGCGUUAGCUUUUCUUUCUCUUCCACUAGACAAAGACUACUGAAGGGCAAACAUGGUUUCUUUUUCAGAUUUGUAUCCCUAGAACCUGACUUAGUGCAUGCCCCAUAGUGGGGUUUAUAAAUGUUUACUGCGUGAACAAAUGAAGUCAUCUCAUCUAAUUCACUCAUUUUACUGAUGAGUAAAAUGAAAAUUCAGAGUAAUAACUCAUUUGUCCAGUGCCACACAGCUUUUUUACCCACUGAGUUGAUUUGUGGAGUUGCCGAUGGAAUUCCAAAAGGGAAGAAUAUAUUGAAGGAAAAACACAUAAAUGCUUUAGUUCACUUAGUUUUUAUGUUUAAAUCAGCUAAUUUACAUACAAUAGUGUAUGUGUAAUGUACUACAUUGUAUGUUUACAUACAAUAAUAUACACACCUUUUAGUUAUAAAUUCUGUUAGGCUUAACAAAUGUAAAUACCCAAAUCACCACAGUCAAGGUCCAGAACAUUCCCAUCAUCUGAAACAACUUCCUUUACACUCAACCACUGCUCUGCUCUGUCCCUAAAGAUUAGAUUGGUCUUUUCUAGUGUUUCGUCAUAAGGCAAUCAUGCGUAUGUACUCUUCUAGGUCUGGCUGCUUUGCCUGACAUGUUUUGAGAGUCAUCCAUGUUGUUGUGUGAUUAGUCAUCCAUUCCUUUUUAUUAUGAAUAGUAUUUCACUGUAUGUCUAUUUCAUACAAUUUGUUUAUCCACCAUUGUUAAUAGGCAACCAUAUUUUCCUCAUAUUUGGUUUAUUAUGGAUACAGCUACUAUAAACAUUUGUGUACAAACCUUCACGUGGACAUGUAUCUUCAUUUCCUUUAGGUAUACCUAAAAGUAGAAUUGCCGAGUCAUUUAGAAACAAGUUUAACUUUCUAUGAAACCUCCAAAUUAGUUUCUAAGUGAUUCUACCAUUUUACAUUGCCAAUGUAAAAGAUUUUCAGUUGCUCUAAUUCCUCACCAACAUUUGGUAUUAUCAUGUUAGUAAUUCAAAUAGUGGCUUUAAAUAAUGGUAUGUCCCUAAUUGCUAAUGAUGUUCAUGCUUAUUUGUAAUUUAUACACAUUCUUUUGUAAAGUGUCCAAUUGU